GAACAUAGCUGCGCAGAAAACACCUGAGAAGGAUCACGUUGACAGACAACCGGCCGCAGGUUCAACAGAUUGGUUUGAACUUUCGGUGGAACAAGGUUUUCGUCCGUGCGUUAUAUUAUAUCGAUUAUCACGAUGUACAGACCGGCUGGCAUGUCCGACGACGAGGACGACGACGACGAAGGUUUCUCUUUUGGAGAUGAUAAGUAUUGUACGGUGGUCAAUGUGCCGGACGAAAUCGGUGUAAAAGAAACGUUCGAUGAUGUUUACUAUCUACGCGAGGAAGAGGAGCGUGAGCUCGAAUCUCAUGUUAUAAACGCCUGCAUAAAAGGAGAUAUAAAAACAGUACAAGAGUAUCAUGAACAGCACGAUAUUAACAAAAAUUUGCACACUGGGUGGACUCUGUUAUUAUAUGCUACUUCGUCUGUGGAACCAGAGUUGGUAGAACAUUUGUUGAAUCAUGAUGCGGAUCCUAAUAAGCAUAAAGAAGGAUUUACGCCUCUUAUGGCACUCUGCAAUUCCACGAGGGGUACGCCUGAAAAAUCUCUUAGAUGCCUUGAACUUUUACUAGAAGCUAAAGCUACCGUGAAUGUCGUAAAUAAACACAGGGAAACAGCUCUAAUGUAUGCUUGCAAGUCUCAAGAUACGGAAUUUGUUGCCGAGCUUAUAAAGCACGUAAAAGACGUCAACGUUUCUGAUAGCGACGGGAAGACCGCAUUGCGCUACGCCACUGAAGCUAAUAAACCCGAUACUGUGAAAAUUCUUUUGGAGCACAAGGCAGAUAUCACGGUGAUAGACAGAUAUAGUACAUGUGUCAGCGAUGUCGCGGAUACAAAAGGAUUCAAAGAAAUAUCGGCUCUACUAGGGGGCCAAGAAGAGGAAUCAGACUUUUGUGAAAUAUUCCGGGUGAACACUUGGAAGGAUCUAUUUCCGGAUUUGUAUCCUAGAGAUACUACGAACACUUUAGAUUACGAUAUAUCACUGAUGCUGGAAGGGAUGGGCUUGGCAAGUUAUCGCACGCUCUUUCGAGGAAUGGAUCUCGAGACCUUCUUGCAGUUAACGGAGGACGAUCUUCGCCGUUUAGGGAUCAACAUUUCAGUGCACAUAGCAGAUUUCAUGCACGGUCUUGGGAGAUUUCACAGUGGAAAGUGGCAUGUGAACAGUCUCGGCCGCGUUAGGAAAAAUCAACCAUAUACGCUUUACGAUGGUAUAAUAACAUUGACAAAUGCAAAGAAGCAGAUCACCGUGAUAGGUUCCAGUUUCCAAUUUCUCAAGAAUAAUUUGGUAAAAGCCGCGAGCGAGGAUGUUCAACUCUCCGCUGAACAAAAAGUCGAGUAUGAGAAAGAGAUAAGAAAGCUACAAGACGCUUUAAAAAGUCUGAAACAUGAGGUACAGUGUGUUGAAAAACUAGCGAAAAAGAUCGAUAAGGAGAGCGAUAUCGGUGUACCAGCAACCUUUAUUGGGCCGGAAAAAAGUAGCUCCAAGUGGACUAUUAUAACGCUAGGCGUUACGAUAAUGAUAGGAUUGCACUUGUGCAAAACAGUUUGCGUUCAAAAAUUCUGGAAUGAUAUAAGAUACAAUACCUAUUUCUGAAAUUUUUUUUCGAAGGCGUUUACAGCGGUUAUUAGCGUCGUUAAACCCGAGUAACUGUAAAAACCAUGACUGAGUUACGCUCGUCUCUUGUAUAGCUUUAAAUAUAAAUUCCGAAAAAUAUUUUUAUACGAAGCAGGAAAUAUAUACAAUUUCAUAGC